UUUGCUGUUUUGAAGAAAUCCCUGUAGAGGGUGGUAGAACACUUUUUAGUUGCUGAGAAGCACCAGCAAAGAGAGAAUGCAAAGCUUUGCAAACAGGCGCAGCAAACAGGAAGUUUUGAGAUAGAGUUCUCCACAUAAAGGAGGAGCAAAUACAGGACCCUUGAGCAAGCUGCAGGAUUUGAAUUUCAGACAGUUCAGUAAGAUAUUUCCUUCUGCUUUGAGAAAGAAACAAGAACUGAGGAUCACUCCCUUUGCUGACGCUUCUGGGACUUGAUGGCCAAUCAGCGAGGAUAAUGGAUUGUGAAUAAGCUGGGCCUGCUGAUUCAUGGACUCUGGGGUGCUACAAAGUCAGGUGAUCUGGUAACCUUAUACUAACUAACCAACUAUUUGGUCUGCUGACCUGUCUCACGGGAGGGUGGGGGGAAUCAAACAAAGAUUUCCCGUCUUUCAGAAAUUCUAUAUAAGGCAGGAGAAGAAAAUAAUUAUUGUCUUCAGCUUGCUUUACCUCUACCUCUCCACCCAAAAGAAAUACUUGAAAGCAAAAGGACUGUAACUGAAGGGGCAGGGAGAAGAACUGGACCUAGGCCAAGAGACAUCUAGCCUGUGAAGGACUUUACCUGAAAUAAACCAUUUUUAGUGAAUCUAGCUUUGAUUGCAUGCUUUGUAUUUUCUUAAUCUGCUUUGUUCUGUUUGCUAUCUCUUUUACCACUUAAUAAACUUAUUUCUGGUUUAUAAUAUUGCCCACUUUAUGUAAUUCUAACUGGGGGCAGAGGAAAGAAGCUAUACAUUCCUUCCUUCACAUUGAGGGAGCAAAUUUCAUUCAAUUUGUGCUGGAGUAAAUCCCUUUAGCUGAGUCCUGACAGAGCUGAUCUCUGUAUCUGAAGCUGAGAGUGGCCUUACUUGAGGAUUUUGCUAGAAGAAGCUGAAAAGCCUGGCUCGGCAAGACCACAAGAAAGGAGAUCCAGGUGUCAGAGAAGUGGGACUCAGCAGUGUCUAAGCAUCUCAGAUUACAUCCUAGGGUUCCCAGUUGGUCCCAGGGAGUCAGAAGACCCUACACUUGAUGAAGUUAAGUGUCAGAGAUGGACCAAAAUGACAGUUGCAACAACUGUACUAUUGAUGACUUCAAGAAGAUGGCUUAUCCCACAAUAUAUAUCUCAGUAUUUAUCUUGGGCAGCUUUGGAAAUGGCCUUUCCAUAUAUGUUUUCCUGCAGCCUUACAAGAAAAAGACUUCAGUGAAUGUUUUCAUGCUGAACUUGGCUAUUUCAGACUUUCUAUUUGUGUGGACUUUGCCCCUCCGGGCUACCUACUACCUGAUGAACUCUAGUUGGGUAUUUGGGGAUCUAGGUUGCAGGAUUUUGUCUUAUGCUUUGUAUGUAAAUAUGUACAGCAGCAUUUAUUUUCUCACUGUGCUCAGCAUUGUUCGUUUUGUGGCAAUUGUUCAUCCUUUCAAACAUUGGAAACUAACUACCAUCAAGUAUUCUAGAAUCAUAUGUGGGGUAAUAUGGGGUUUUGUGAUGAUAUGUGCCAGCCGACUGCUGUUCUUGAAAGCCAAAGACAUCAACAAAUGCUUAGAUCUGCAAGAAGGGAGCUCUGAGAAGAUACGUGAGCUGAACUAUAUUGUCCUGGUAGUGGGUUUCAUCCUCCCAUUUUGCACAAUAAUUGUAUGUUAUGUGCUUGUGAUCAAAGCUUUGCUGAAGCCCAGGGUUCCACAAGCAAAGAUAAGAGCCCCUCAUAAGAAGGCAGUGUCAACGAUUGUCAUCACUUUAUCCUUGUUUCUGAUUUGUUUCCUGCCAUAUCACAUCCUGAGAACUAUCUAUUUGCAGGAAUGGAGGAAGGAUAAUACAUUUCAAGGGUGCAAUUUUCUUCUGCAUAAAGGGGCAGUGAUCACUCUGUGCCUUGCAGCAAUGAAUAGCUGCCUAGAUCCUAUACUCUAUUACUUUGCUGGAGAAAACUUCAAAGAGAGAUUCAAAAAUGUAUAUAUAAAAUGUAGCAGAUGCAGAAACAAAUAGCUAUUCCUUACUGGGUAUACUUUCUAGUGAUCAAACCGCAGGCUGGGGUUUAAAGAUCAUGGGUCUUCAGAGUUACGUCACUGGCUUGCUACAACGCUGAGGUGAAUCCCUUAACUCUGUUACCUUCAUUUCCCUAACUGUAAAGCUGAGCUAUUCAGAAUGGAUAGUGUCUCAGAACACCCUGUGAAUUUUCUUCAUAAAUGAUUGGAAAGGGGUCCAUGAUCCCAUCCCGAGAUCAUGCCUAUUUCUCUUCCACCUAGUACAAACCACCUCAAAGAAGCUUUUGCCAUUUAAGAAACCCUCUUUUCUGGAGGACUUUGUUUAUUGGUCCUGAUAACAUAAAUCUUUAAUUUUAGAAAACCGUCUAGGUCUGUAGUUUUGUCAUCUUCAAACUCUCUUGAUUUUCUCUCCCCAAAAACACUUACAAGCCUCUUGAGUUAUUGAUCAACCUGCUCCUCAAAGCUGAUGUUACUGGUUCAUCCCUCAGAGCUGCCUCUCCAGUGGUUACUCCCACCUUCAGAGCAUAGUAUGAGUGCUUUUCUAUAAUGUGAUCUCUCUCUAGAAGCUACCUUUUUAAUUGGAGGCCUUUUCUUUUCAAUAACAUGCUCCCACUGUCUGUCCUCCCCCUUUCACAUCCAGGGAGCAUCUUUAGACUGCAUAGGCAGCCUUUUUUAUAGGGACAAGUUCCUCCACCAUCAACUGGACAAUAAACCACUACUUAGAGUAACUAAUUGCUCUCAGUUGGAGUUUUAGGGGGCUAUUGUAGACUAGUUAAGCUUUGAUUCACUUUGAAAGGGUACUUGCCCCGGAACAAAAGGGUGUGGAGAAAUUUGAAUGAAGAAUAUUAUAUGAAUGCAACGUAUUAUAUUCAGUAACUAGCACUGAGGUAGUUUAUAAAAAAUACAGAGAGUCAGGAUUUUAAAUAUUUAACACUAUAAAUAUUUCUGAAUCUUUCAUUAUUCCAGAUAUAUUUUGUCUAACAGCUUAACAAACGUAAUGGUUUGAGUCCCAAAACAAACCAUUUCUUUGUGACAUUCUAUAAAGAAAUGUGAAUAUUAAAUGAAGAGCAAUAGUCACAUGGACACACAUAGUGCUUUGUAAUUCUUAUUACACAUGUCACCAUUUAGGUAUUCCCGAAAUGUUUUUAUGCUUCAUUUUCCUGGGAGUUAGGUGAAGAAUUUGACAGUUUGCAGAAGCUGCCUACCUAUAGGUAGGCAGCUGAAUCCUUAUUUAGGAGUCAAGAGCCAGACUUUUCAAUUUAAGCAUAGACAAGUGCCUAAUGGGAUUUUCAAAAACACCUGUGUGCUAAAUUCUCAUUUUUGAAAAUCCACUAAACAUCUAUCUGCAUCCUUAGGUAUCUAAAUAUCUUUAAAACAUUGGUAUUUCCAUAUGAAAAAUUAGGCUGGAGUAUUAAUUGGGGCCAUGUAGAAAGAUUUGACCACAAAAAACUAUACUAGAUUCUGCUCCUUUCUGAGCAAAUAUCAGAAAUUUCCGGGUUGAAAUUUGCCACAUGUGUCAUGAAAACAGCCUGUCAUGUUCAAGACAAAACUGAAUAAAGGUUUUUCCCUACCUCCCAACUCUCUUGAUCUAUUCAAAACAAUUUCUGGCAGUGUGACUGUUUUCCCAGUACAGGAAACCCCCAACAUGCGACCGCCCAAGUUCUGACUCCCCGAACUUACAACCAUUUUUGUAAGUGUGGAUGGGGCCAAAACCCCUCGACUUACAUCCUCGGCCAGCAUUUACGACAGUGCAAGGCGCCCAUCAUAAAUGAGGGUUUGAGCUAUGACGCCCCUGACUUGCAACACUUCUCUGGGAACCAAUUGCGUCGCAAAUUGGGGGCCACCUGUACACUAUUCUUCACGGAAUUAAGCAUUAUGAAAAAGAAUAUCAUUGUUAAACAAUAAUAGCUUCAAUCAGCUAAUUUCAGCUCUAUUUCAAACACAAGGGAAACAAAUCAUUGUAGUUUGUAGUCACAUUUUUUUCAGAUUUAGCAACAGUUCAAUAAUCAAUCUGUUUCCAUCAUUUAAGCCACCUUUGGUAACAGCAGAGGGCUUUGUCAUAUUUCUCAGUUUAUUAAAUGUUUGUUUAUAGAAUAUGUAUCUCUGUAUUUUUAAUUAAAUGUCUGUAUGUUCUUAUAUCUCCAGUCACUAGCAUCAUUUAUUGACUCCCAAAAACUUUAUUUAGGGUUUGACCUUGUACUGUGAAGGGCAAUGGGAGUUUUGCUGCAUUGGGAGCAGGAAGAAGACCUUAUGCUUUGUCUACAUGGCAAGUUUUGUCAACAAAAACGGCCUUUUGCUGACAAAACAG